UCUGACCCCUUCUUCAGCAUGGCCGACUCCUCGUCUCUCCCGGACAUGCGUUUGUACGAGUCGCGGAAGGAAUCGUUCAUCCUGAGCGGCGCUGGUACGAACGCAGAUGGGGCACCGGUACAGCCGGGACGGCGCAAGGCCUCCAACAACAAGGCGUCGGCAGCAGCAGCACCAGCUCCCUUGCAAUGGCCCCACCCCAUCGCAUGCUCUGCCGCAGCGACAUCGGCAAAGUCUCAGAAGGCUUUGUACCCUACACCUUCCGAGCUCGCUCGUCUAGGCGCCUUUUAUGAACCCCUGGGCGCUGAGGAAGCCGAUCGCUGCACAAUCUGGCCUGAGGGCAUCAGUGUCUCGGGUUGGACUGCAGGCGAGAGUGCUCUUGACCGGCUCCGGAGCGUGGAUCCGAGCGUGUGCUGGGUCAGGAUCGAAGAUAGCCGCGCAAGUGGCGCCAGCACAGAAACGCUCGACGAGGAACAAGGGCAGGCACGAUGGCACGAGUGGCCGGCUUCACAGGGCCACCUCUUGCCAACGAGCAACGAAAUGUACCAGGCUCGGCACAUGACUUUUGGUGGACUGUGGAAGUAUGAUGGCAAGAAAGGGUGGAAGCCAACAAGUGCAAAGCUUGCAAAAGCAGGCUUUCACUACACUCCCUCCCUGGACGAGGAUGACAAUGUGACGUGUGUUUACUGUGGGGUGUCGCUUGGGGGCUGGGAGAAGGCCGAUGACCCGACUCAGGAGCACAAUCGACGAAGGCCAGAUUGUGCCUUUUUCAACUGCCGACUGGCCUCGUCUACCGCAGGAGCCGACGAAGUAGGCAUGACUGCAUCGAGCAGCUCUUCCAGCGUCAAGGCGCAGGCGGCGAAGCGGGGAAAGAAAGGCAAGGCAAAUGCUGUCGAGGAAGCAGCCGUAGUCGACGAGGGCGGCGCGACGGCAGCUGCCAAACGGAGAGCAGUGUCCACGCGCGCCAACGGACGAGCAAAGAAGGCAGAAGAUGAGGUGGAAGAGGGCGGCGUGGCUGGUGACGAGGUCGAGGAGAGCGAGGAAAAGGCAAAGAAGGCGAACAUCAAGCCAAAGAGAGCGGCGAGAACAGUGUCGAGGAAAGUUGAGUCGGCGGAAGCGACGAUGAUUGACCACGAAGCGCCCAAGACACGGGCGGGUAGGAGCGGAAGAUCCAAGAAGAAGGGCGCUGAUGAGGCCGAAGCCGCUACGGAAGAGGAAGAAGAGACGGGCGACGAAGAGGCGCAGCCAGGGUCCGAAGAGGUCCGUCAACAGAAAGGUCUUACCAAGACGAAAGGUGGCCGCGGGAGGAAGGCCUCCAACGACGAGCAACAAGGGGAGACAUCUGAGAAGGAGAACGACGAGCCUGAGGCAUCGAUUGAGAAAGAAGAGACCAAGAAGAAGGGGAAGAAGCAGCCAGCAACAGCGGCUCCGAUUGCAUCGCCCUCGGUCGAACAGACACCCAAGCCGCGAAAUGACGCGGCAUCUUUUGGAGGGGAGAUCAAGGCGGCGACGAAGAAGAAUCGCAAAGGCGACACCUCGUCGUCAUCGGCGCUUGCAGAUGCGGCAGGGAAGCUCAACCUCUCGUCGUCGGACAGCGCGCACACUUCCACGUCAGCACUGUCAUCGAUGAAUGCGUCGAAGAAUCACAAUCACAGCUCCGACACCACGCCACAGCUAUUGGCCUCUGUCUCGUCGGCUGACGAUGUCGAGAUGGGAGAUAGCAACGCGGUCGACAAAGCAGCGAUGGAGGAGGACGCAGAGGAAGAGGAAGCGGAAGAGCAGCAGGGAACAAUUAAGCCCCUUGCCGAGCUAACAAACCUAUCCGAGGCGGAGCUGGCCAUGACGGUGGAAGAAUGGAUGAAACAGGAGGUGGAAAAGGCGUGCGAGGAGCUGAGGAUCAAGGGCAUGCGGCAGAUCGAGCACCUUCGCGAGAGCGCGGACAGGGACCGGAGGAGAAUAGAGGGCAUCCUCCGGGGCGGCUAGUGGCUCUUUUUGCCCUCGCUUUCUCCUUUUUUUUUUUUUUCUUUCUUU